AUGCAUGGCAAGCCUCUCCGCCGCAUAGGCGAAGAUUGUCCUGAUGGCGCUACGCAUAAGAGCGUUAGGCAGGACAUAUGCAUCUUGCUCGAUCGCAUCCACGGUUUCUACGAGUCGGCGCUCGACCGGCUGCCGGCGGAGAGGAUACCCUCGCUGACCACGCGCCUGCUCAAGGCCGGCGUUUGCUUCGGUUUCCUUGACCCGGUCUCCAACAUCAUCGCCAACACCGUCUCCUACACGCCAAGCCCCGAGGACGAAAUUAAGGAGGAGGAUGAAAUCAUCUCUAAGGUGAGGACCAACACAAAAGAUGAACGAAUCUUUGAUAUACCGCUGUACCCAGAGACGGUCGACUCCAUGGCCGUGGCACGGCGGUCGCUGGAGGGUCUUGUCAGCUUCCUUUGCUUUCAGUACCGCUACUUGGAGAAAACAGAAGCACUGCGCUACCUGCGCCUCGCCGGAUGCGACCUCCUCGGCGCUGUAGCUCUCAUCGAGCAAGACCGUAACAGGAGCCCCGGCGAGCCCGUGUUCAAUAUCAUGUCACCUACAACCAAAAUAGCCCUGGAGUGUGCCGCCCUGUCCGCGAGGCAUCCCGAACCAGCAGUCCUGGUGGGCGUCUCGCUGUCAUUGAUGUCUCGGACGGUCAAGGUGUCCAAGAUUCUUGGGGCACUCUGCUGCUUACCCUCUGCAGCUGUCAAGCGCCUUGCCAGGCUGCUCAGGGCCUCGAUUGAUCUUGGUGCCGAUAGAAAGAGGAAGAGAAAGAGGGGUGAGCUGACACCCAGGAACGCAGAGUCUGUUGAGUGGAAGCCGGGUAUGCAUGGAACAUUCAGACACACAGAGACUCUGAAGCUACUGCUCCUCGGCAAGAUCCAUGGUUUCUACCUAGAGGCACUCGCCCUGCUGCCUAGGGACGGCCUGCGCCAGCUUCACCACUGCAGCCUCAUCAAGGGCGGCUACUGCUAUGGCCCCAUGGAUCCUGUCUCCAACAUCAUCCUCAACACCAUUUGGUAUGGCACUGCAUUCCCCAUGCACCAAGAUUUCGAGUUUGACUUUCAGGUGGACAUGAUAUGCACAAGGACCCUUAUGCGCAUCGAGUGCUGCUCCCUCUAUGGCAUCGUCGCCUUCCUCCGUGCUCGCUUCAGUUCUCUCUCGGAGCAUGGUGCUCUCUGGCACCUUCUUUUGGCCAAUGUGGACUUACGGUUAGCCGUUGAGAUGGUACAACAGUCUGGUUUCCUUAUCGGCGGCACUGACCUUGAUGCCUAUAAGAAAGCUGCGGUUGAUUCAUGGCACUCGGACCCUGAUGCACUGGUGAAAUUCACGACAUUGUCCCUGGACAUUGAGCCCACCAAGUUGUCGCAUAUGCUGGCUCACGCGCUUGACGACUGCACAGUUGAGCACCUCACAAAGCUUGUGUCAAAAUCUUCACCUACCAAAUCAAAGAAGCGGGCUCGGUUACUGAAUAAAGUAUCAUCAUGCUCAGAGAUCUUGAAUAAAAACCAGAAGAUGUUAAUUCCGGCCAUUCGGAAGAAAUUUAAGGCCGACCAAGAGUUCUAUGUCAGGAAGGUCAAUGCCGCAUUGAACAAGUUUUCUCAGCAAACAGGGGUGGACUAUGAACUUCAUAUUAUUUGCGGUGUGAAUCCCAAGGUAUGUGAAGGUUCAACUACUUAUCUGUACAAGAAGAGGUUCAAAUAUGAGUAUUUCCAUAUCAACUUCUUGGCAACACCAAAGGGAUCAGAUCCUGCUACCACACCUCGAGAAUUGUUCUUCGCUGAGUGUAGCAAUGGUGAUAACGAUGAGGAGGAAAGACCAUCGUUGUGCUUGCCGGUUUUGGGUUCUUCGAUAGAUCACACUCGCUGCUUUUUCUGUGAGCAUAGUGGGAUAAACAUUGUGCAUCCAUAUUUUGGAACAUAUAAUGGACGCCGUGAUGAUUUCCAAGAGAUGGCUUCCGGAAGGCAAGAUGUCCUAAUUCAAACUAUCAUCAGCCGCUACGAGUUUCAAGUCGAUGGUAUGUUUACUCUGAAGGAGGACUGGAUCUAUUUUGAUCCCAACAUGGACGCAAAGAUUGCCCAGAUGAAUCCUAUUCCUGACUGGGCUAGGAAGGUGCGAGAAUGGGGCAGAAUCUUCUGA